AUGGGAGUGACAGAAACCGAGCUCGCUGCUGGCGCACAGCUUGCUGCAAUUCUCCCAUCGAACGGCCGGCCAUGGUACCGCACGUGGUAUCUUGUCCAACUCAACGUGAUCCUCCUCGUCCCCUUGAUCUCGUCUGCCUCCGUCGGAUAUGAUGGUUCGAUGAUGAACGGUCUCCAAACUCUUACUCAAUGGCGCGCGUUCUUCAAUUAUCCAACAGGCGCUGUGCUCGGUCUCAUGAAUGCUGUCUACCCCUUGGGAAAAGUUGUCUCUUUGCCUUUCGUGGCGUUUGUCUCUGAUCGUUUUGGCCGCAAGCUUCCUCUGGUUUGUGGAUUGAUCGGAUGCGUUGCGUUCAGCAUUAUGCAAGGUCUCGCACAUAACUUCGCCACUUUCGUGACUGCCCGUGCCUUGCUAGGGUUCUGCACGAGCUUCAUCAGCCAACCAAGUCCUAUCCUAGUUGCAGAGCUCGCUUAUCCCUCUCACCGUGGCAAAAUGACCGCCCUGUACAAUACUUUUUACUACUUUGGUGCCAUUUUUGCCGCGUGGUGUACCUACGGUACCUUCAAGAUCAACAGCGAAUGGAGCUGGCGAAUUCCUUCCCUUCUCCAGGGGGCCAUCCCCCUCCUCCAGCUCGCCGGUGUCCUGCUCCUUUCAGAGUCUCCCCGUUUCCUUGUCUCUAGAGGCAAGCACGAACAAGCUCGUAAAGUCUUCGCAGAUCACCACGCCGGCGGCAAUCUCAACUCCCCCCUCGUUCAAUUCGAAAUGAACCAGAUCGAAGAAUCCCUACGAAUAGAAUCCGAAACUCUAUCCACCACCUCCUGGCUAGAUCUCAUCCGCACCAAGGCAAAUCGCAAACGAACCAUGAUAGCGAUUAUAGUGGGCUGGUUCAGUCAAUGGAACGGUGUCGGCGUCGUCAGUUAUUACAUAACCUUGGUCCUGAACACGAUCGGCAUCACAAAAACUCAUGAUCAAGCCCUCAUCAACGGCCUUCUCCAAGUUUUCAACUGGCUCAUCGCGACUUUCCUUGGAGCCUUGAUGAUUGACCGCGUUGGGCGACGAAAGUUAUUCUUAGUGUCCACCGCAGGCAUGCUUGGCAGCUACAUCAUCUGGACUGCUCUAACAGCGCAUUUCGUCGCGAGCAAGUCUGAAACUGUGGGACGGGUAGUUGUGGCUUUUAUAUUCAUAUACUACUUCUUUUACGAUAUUGCUUGGACCCCACUACUACAGGCAUACCCAGUUGAGAUCUUUCCCUACACUCUUCGCAGUCGCGGGUUGACUGUCAGCUACAUAUCUGCUUUUACUGGUCUCAUCGUAGGCAACGAAGUGAAUUCUAUUGCUAUGAAAGCUAUUGGGUACAAGUACUACAUUGUAUUCUGCUGUCUUUUGGCGUUGUUGUUGGUCAUAAUUUACUUUCUGUUCCCUGAGACUAAGGGUCAUUCAUUGGAGGAGAUCACCGAAGUGUUUGAGGGCAAACGAGAAGAUCCCACUAAUGACAAGCUCCGUGAAGACGAGAACGAGGAAGAUGCCGAGCUGGGAAAGAAGCAUGAAGCUACAACGACUCAGGUCGAGGAUGCCACCCACUAG